AUGAAUAGUGUUUUAAAAUCUAAGGAAAUGAAUAAUAAUAAUGAAGUGGAUAUCCUCGUGGAUGAUGUAAAUGGUGAUGAAGAACUGUCAUCGUUGAUAAAAUGUUUCCCUAAUGAAACUAAACAAUUUAUAUUGAAACUAAGGAAUUCACAUAUUGAUAAAUCUAAUAAUGAUCCAUUAAAACAGAAUAGUAAGAAUCAAUUACAUCGAUGUUUAACAAAUUUGGAUGUUGAAGCACCAUUUAGUACACUGACAACAUAUAGAAAUACAUUUUGUCAUAGAACGGAUAAUAAUGUUAAUGAAUCAUCAAAGGUUUCAAUAGGUCAACCAAUUUUAAGAUUUGGUGAAAUGCCUGUUUUCACAGAUUCAAUUUUAUAUCCUGGUCAAAGUCGUCGAUUACAAAGUACAACACAUGAAACAUUUAUUGAAAAGCCAAUCACUUAUACGGAACCUGCAAAACCGGUACCAACAAAUCUUCGUGUUGAAGGUGAACGAGAUUUUUUAACUACAAAUAAAAGUGUUUACACAGUCAAACCGAUAACAAACUGUCCUGUACGUAGAUUAAAGAUACCAAUUAUUCAAAAACCACGUGUUAGUGAACCAUUUUCUGGUGAAACUCAAUUUCGUGCAGAUUUUCCUCCAGAACGUGCAUGGAAUAGUGUUGAUCCAAUGUGUUCAGUUGUACCACAUCCAUGUCAACCGCCAAAAGCACAAAUUCAAUUACGCGACACAAACGAUAUAUCUUUUCAUACAGAACAGCGUGAUCAAUUUCAAGGUCAUGAUGCCAAGACAAAUCCAAAACCGAAAUCAUUCAAACAUGAACCAUCGGCUUAUACCAAACCAGCUAUUAAACUUGAUUGUAAUUCAGUGACCAAAUUGGAUUUCCAACCAUAUACAAUUGAACAAGUACUUAAUGUGAACUCAAAAUCUACCUUUGGUCGAAAAACAAUGCAUAAUAAUGACAAUGGUGCACAACAAUCUGAAAAACUGAAACCUGAAGAAUUAAAACUACUGGAAAACUAUUUAAAAGAUUUAAAAUCAGCAAAAAAUCAAGAUUUACCUAAAAUUUAA